AUGGAACACGCACCAUCUCUGCAGAGGAACAAGAUUCUUCGAGUUCUCUUCAUCUCCCUGUUGUUGGACUUGAUCUCGUUCACCUUCAUCCUACCGCUAUUCCCCUCGCUGCUCACUUUCUACCGCAAUCUCGAAGCGCACCCUCAGAGCACUUUGAACAACAUCCUGCACUAUCUCAACGCGUACAAACAAUCUUUCGCCGUUCCCAUUAAUGAGAAAUACGACAUAAUCCUCCUCGGCGGCGCAUUGGGCUCGCUGUUCUCUCUCCUCCAAGCCAUCGCAUCCCCCAUCAUCGGCCGUGCUUCAGACAAAUAUGGCCGCCGCACAGCUCUCCUCUGUAGUAUGGCUGGUAAUAUCGCCUCCGUGGCACUGUGGUGCGUGGCCGUCGAUUUCCGCACCUUCCUCCUGUCUCGAAUCGUCGGCGGUCUCAGCGAAGGAAACGUACAGCUUGCAACGGCGAUUGCAACAGAUAUCAGCACUCCGGAACAGCGGGGUUCGACGAUGGCGCUGGUGGGUGCAUGCUUCAGCGUCGCCUUCACAUUCGGACCGGCCCUCGGGGCUGGACUUGCGAGUAUAACGACCGUCGCAGCGAACCCGUUCGCAACGGCAGCCGGGUUUAGCUUGCUUCUCAUCAUCGUAGAGACGGUAUACUUAUACUAUGCACUACCGGAGACGAGGCCCGUGGCGCAGAAACCACAGGCCCCAUCCACGAAUCCCAAAGGCAAGCAGGAGGGAGACGUCCCAGCCAAGUUCAAACACACAAACAACCCUGCGAUUCUGAACGCCAUCCAUUUCCUCUUCCUCCUCCCCUUUUCGGGACUCGAAUUCUCGUUGCCGUUCCUGAUCACAUCGGUACUGUACCCGAGUCACCCGUCGCCGUCGAAACUGAAUGGUCGACUACUGGGUUUCGUCGGUCUCGUUGCAUCUCUGCUCCAAGGAUCCGUUGUCCGGCGAUUACCGCCCUUGACCGUGGUGCGCCUGGGCGUGGUCUCGUGCACACUGGCAUUUUUCAUGCUUGCGCGCGUACGAGAUACAAGUGGCUUGUACGCCGCAGGUGCACUGCUGGCUGUCACUUCGGCGACAGUCGUGACGGGGUUGAAUAGCCUGGGAAGUUUCGAGGCAAGGGAAGGAAACCGUGGACAGGUGCUGGGUUCGCUACGAAGUUGGGGUCAGUUUGGAAGGGCCCUGGGUCCGGUCGUAUUUUGUACCUUGUUCUGGUGGGUCGGACGCGAAACGGCUUAUAUCGUGGGCGGGUGUUGCAUGUUGGGAGUGACGACGGCUUUGUUUGCGCUUUUGGAGGCGCCAAAGAUCGAAAAGAAGUGA